CUCGCCAGUCAUUCGGCCCAGCAGCCCGGUUCCGGCCCCGCGGGGUCUCGGUUCCGGGUUCGUGGCCCCGGUUCCCGGCCCCGGCUGGCCAGUGGGGCCGGCCCGGCCGCGCGCAGCACCGGUCGGGGGUCGGGGCUCCCCGGGCCCACCCCAGCGGCCCCCUAGCCCUCCGCCGGCCCCGGCCCACCUCGCCCCCCGGCCCUCGCCGCCCAUGGAGUCCCAGUGCGACUACUCGAUGUACUUCCCAGCUGUGCCGCUGCCGCCGCGCGCGGAGCUGGCGGGGGACCCGGGCCGGUACCGGGCGCUGCCCCGGCGCAACCACCUCUACCUGGGGGAGACUGUCCGCUUCCUGCUGGUGCUGCGCUGCCGGGGCGGCGCGGGGUCCGGCGCCGGGGGCGGCCCGGGCUUGGGCUCCCGAGGGGCCUGGGCAGAACUGGCGACCGCCCUGGCCGCCCUGGCCUCGGUCAGCGCCGGAGGCGGGGCGCCUGGGGGCGGUGGCUGCAGUGACCAAGACCCCGAACCCCCGGGGGGCGGGGACCCUGGCGGUGGAGGGGUGUUUCGAGGCUGCAGCCCCCUCCUCACCCACGGCCCGGGCCCCGCUACCUCAGGGGGAGCGACCACGCUGCCUGUGGAGGAACCAAUUGUGUCCACAGAUGAGGUCAUCUUCCCACUCACCGUUUCACUGGACAGACUGCCCCCAGGGACACCUAAGGCCAAGAUUGUAGUGACCGUAUGGAAGCGGGAGGUUGAGGCACCAGAGGUCAGAGAUCAAGGCUACCUGCGCUUGCUGCAGACCCGAUCUCCUGGGGAGACCUUCCGGGGCGAGCAGAGCGCUUUCAAGGCCCAAGUGAGCACCCUGCUGACUCUGCUGCCCCCUCCGGUUCUGAAAUGCCGCCAGUUCACUGUGGCUGGAAAACACUUGACUGUGCUCAAGGUGCUGAACAGCUCCUCCCAGGAGGAAAUUUCCAUCUGGGAUAUCCGCAUUCUCCCAAACUUCAACGCCAGUUAUCUACCUGUCAUGCCCGACGGCUCUGUGCUGCUGGUGGACAAUGUCUGUCAUCAAUCUGGGGAAGUCUCCAUGGGCUCCUUCUGCCGGCUCCCUGGUACCUCUGGCUGCUUCCCCUGCCCGCUUAGUGCCCUGGAGGAACACAACUUCCUGUUUCAGCUCAGAGGGGGUGAGCAGCCCCCUCCAGGGGCCAAGGAGGGCCUCGAAGUUCCCCUGAUUGCUGUUGUUCAGUGGUCCACGCCGAAGCUGCCCUUUACCCAGAGCAUAUAUACCCACUACCGCCUGCCCAGCAUCCGCCUGGACCGCCCGUGCUUUGUGAUGACUGCUUCCUGUGAGUCCCCCGUUCGGACCUACGAGCGUUUCACUGUCACCUAUACGCUGCUCAACAAUCUCCAAGACUUCCUUGCUGUGAGGCUCGUGUGGACGCCGGAGCAUGCCCAGGCUGGAAAGCAACUUUGUGAGGAGGAGCGCCGGGCCAUGCAGGCAGCCCUGGACUCCAUCGUCUGCCACACACCCCUCAACAACCUUGGCUUUUCCCGGAAGGGCAGCGCGCUCACCUUCAGCGUGGCCUUCCAGGCUCUGAGGACGGGGCUCUUUGAGCUGAGCCAGCACAUGAAACUGAAGCUGCAGUUCACUGCCAGCGUGUCCCACCCUCCGCCCGAGGCCCGGCCCCUCUCUCGCAAGAGCAGCCCCAGCAGCCCUGCCGUCCGGGACUUGGUGGAGAGGCACCAGGCGAGCCUGGGCCGCUCUCAGUCCUUCUCCCACCAACAGCCCUCCCGCAGCCACCUCAUGAGGUACGGAACCGCGGGAGGGGUGCCGGUGGACUUGGCAGAGGCCGGACUCGGAGAGGGAGCAGGAAGGGGUCCUGGGGUCCAACCAGACCCCACAGCCUCUGCCCUCCCUCAGGUCGGGCAGUGUGAUGGAGCGCAGGGCCAUCACACCCCCCGUGGCCUCCCCUGUCGGCCGCCCCCUCUACCUGCCCCCGGACAAGGCUGUGCUCUCUCUGGACAAGAUCGCCAAGCGCGAGUGCAAGGUCCUGGUGGUGGAGCCCGUCAAGUAGCACCGUCUGGCUCUCCUCCCUCUCACACUCCCCCGGAGCAGGUGCUCCCUCCAGGCUGUGCCUCCCCUGGGAGGCCUCCCACCAUGGGUGAGGAGGCCCUACAGGGCCGCCUGUCUGUGUCUGCUGAUGAGGGACGAGGGAAGAAGCUGUGAAAUGGGCGGGGAUGGCUGCAACAUGAAGCCGACAGUAUUUCCCGGACUUCCUGGGGGGGGCUGGCCCCACCCCUCGGCCAGGGCAAGGGCUCCAGGAGCUCCCCUGCCCCCCGCCUUGCACCCUUGUUCUAAGUUUACAAAGUGUUUUCCUCCUUCCUGUUAAGUUGUCUUCCCCGCUUCUGACAUUCCCUCCCUCCCUCCCACCCGCAGGGCUGAGAUCAGAGGGUGGCGAUGGUAAAGGGACCCGACAAUGACAUGAGCCUCCUGUCUCAGGUCAGGGGAGAGAGCUAGGUGGCCUCCCCUUGUCCUCAUGUUUACGUUCGCAGCCUGAAGCACUUUAAGUUGUGUGGGGAUUUUUGGUUUUCUUUUUUUUCUUUCUUUUUUUUCUUUUUUUGGUCUGUUUCUGUAACUUAUUCUCCAACUACUGCUUCCAACUGAAAUAAGACUAUUAAAUGCCUGUUCAGGAG